GAGGGUUGCAUUGCAUGAAGAUCCGAUGAAAGAUAGCAGGCUAUUGCAAUAAGAGGGCAAGAGAGAGAGGGGUGGGGGCAGAAUGACGCUCAUUCGGGGCUAUUGAUCUCUCCCUCCCCUCUAUACGGGGUCAGUAGUUUGAUCAGAGCGCGCGCAGGAUCACACCGAAGAGCCACACACGCGCUUUUGUAACAUGAAGCGGCGCGUAUAGAGCUAUCCAAACAGGACACUGAUCACCAAUCCGAUCCCGUCUGUCUCUAACCUGAUGACGGGAAAUAAUAAGAUUAUCCAGCAGGACAGGAGAGCGACGCGUUAUAUCUCUGGAGAAAAGUAACUAGUGUGGACUGACAGAUGAUGGUGCGCUCGAGAUCAACAGAUCUGGCCAUGAAUCCGUUCAGAAUCUCCGUGCUGAUGAUGUUCCUCUUCGCAUCUGUUCAUAUCUCGUGCCCAUCGCAGUUCCCCAGUCCGCUCAUGAUAAAAGAAUGGGUAGAUCAGCUGCAGCAGGAGCUGGUUUCUCUAGCAGACACAGCCAGCGCUGGAAAUAAUCUAAGACAGAUCUUUAUGGAUAAUCAGAAUUAUUUCACUGUGAAAACCAAUAAUGCGGCACAGCUUGUGGAAACAGCGGCACGGAAUAUAGAAAAUUUUUUAAAGAAGCGAGCUGCAGCUCUAGAGACUUUGGCAACUGCAGCAGAGAAUUUCCAAAUGGAGCAUCAAUGGAAAGAUGAAUUUGAAGAGGAUGAUAUAGUUUACUUUAAUGCCAAGGAUAAUCUUGAAGCCAAUGAAACAGAAGGAAGGAAAAACCGGAUAAGACCUGAAUUUAAAGAAGACCCGUCAUUCAAAAACCGCCUUACAUCCUACAACCAUACGGCAGUGCAUAUCCCCACGGACAUAUAUGACGGCUCUACCAUUGUGUUGAAUGAGCUGAACUGGACUGAAGCGUUGGAGGAUGUCUUUAAGAAAAACAGAGAAGAGGAUCCAACGCUACUAUGGCAAGUGUUCGGCAGUGCUACUGGUUUAGCUCGCUAUUACCCAGCUUCCCCUUGGAUGGAUGCCAGGAAAACACCCAGUAAAAUCGACCUGUACGAUGUGCGCCGGCGACCUUGGUAUGUUCAAGGUGCCGCGUCGCCCAAGGACAUGCUGAUUCUUGUUGAUGCGAGUGGUAGUGUAUCUGGACUGACCCUUAAACUGAUCCGAACCUCUGUCAGUGAAAUGCUGGAGACACUUUCUGAUGACGAUUAUGUCAAUGUUGUCCAUUUUAACACAAAAGUGAAUAACACAGCUUGUUUCGACCACCUGGUUCAAGCUAACGUUCGCAAUAAGAAGAUCUUAAAAGAUGCAGUGCAGAACAUCACAGCAAAGGGCAUCACCAACUAUACCAAAGGCUUCGAAUUUGCUUUCAAUCAGCUGUCAAAUCCAAACGUCACCAGAGCAAACUGCAACAAGAUCAUAAUGCUGUUUACUGAUGGAGGCGAGGAGAGAGCAGAGGAGGUCUUCAGCAGAUACAACAUUGACAAAAAGGUGCGUGUGUUCACAUUCUCUGUGGGUCAACAUAACUAUGACACCGGGCCAAUAAAGUGGAUGGCCUGUGCUAACAAGGGAUAUUUCUAUGAAAUCCCAUCCAUUGGAGCCAUUCGUAUAAACACACAGGAGUAUCUAGAUGUUUUGGGCAGGCCAAUGGUCCUUGCAGAUGCCAAACAAGUGCAGUGGACCAACGUGUACCUGGACGCUCUGGAGUUGGGCCUAGUCAUCACAGGAACUCUACCUGUGUUCAACAAGACCAAAUCCAGGGAGGGCGCAUCUCGAAAACAGCAUCAGAGCCAGUUGAUUUUAGGAGUGAUGGGGGUGGAUGUGUCUCUCGAUGAUAUCAAAAGAUUGACGCCCCGCUUCACAAUUGGUCCUAAUGGAUAUUAUUUCGCAAUUGAUCCUAACGGUUACGUACUGCUCCAUCCAAACCUGCAACCAAAGAACCCCAAAUUCCAGGAGCCUGUUACACUGGAUUUUCUGGACGCUGAGCUGGAAAAUGAUAUUAAAGUCCAGAUACGGACUCUGAUGAUUGACAGAGACCCUGGGGAGAAAACAAUAGAAACGCUUGUGAAAUCUCAAGAUGAGAGAUACAUUGAUCGAGGAAUCAGGACGUACACCUGGGCGCCGGUUAACGGGACAGACUACAGCCUGGCCUUGGUUUUGCCUGAAUACAGUCUGCAUUAUAUCGAGGCAAACCUGGGGGACACUAUAAAACAAGCCAUGUGUGAUGUUGUUUCUGAGAAAUUAAUUUUUGGCAUAUAUGGGUACACCUUUAUUGCACCCAGGGAAUACUGCAAGGACCUCAAAGUCUCAUCCAACAACACCCAGUUUUUGAUGGACUUCAAUGAGUAUAUUGACAGGAAAACUCCAAAUGAUCCUCUGUGUAAUCUCACUCUUGUAAACCGGUUGCUGCUGGACGCCGGUCUCACAGCAGACCUUCUCAAUGUCUGGAAGGAUCAGAAUGUAGAUGGAGUUUUGGCGCGGUUUGUGGCUACAGAUGGAGGCAUUACACGUGUGUAUCCUAAAAGUGCCGGGGAAGAAUGGGGUGAAAACUCUGAGACCUAUGACUCAAGUUUUUACAAAAGGAGCCUGGACAAUGACAUAUACAUCUUCACCGCCCCAUACGUCAACAAGAGCAGAGAGUCUGGUUAUGAGUCCGGUAUCCUUGUCAGUAAAGCAGUGGACUUGGACAUUAAUGGAGCAAAACUCAAACCUGCUGUGGUGGGAGUCAAACUCAAUGUGUCAGCCUGGAUGAACAGCUUCAUAAACGCUACCACCAAGAAAAAUUGCAAGGAUGAGAUCUGCGGGUGCCUCAGAAAUGAUAAGCAAGUGGACUGCGUGAUUCUGGAUGAUGGCGGAUUUCUGCUCAUGUCCAAUCAGGAUGAAUAUAUUACACAGAUAGGUCAGUUCUUUGGUGAAGUGGACCCUGUUCUGAUGAUAACUUUGGUCAAUACCUCGCUGUUCUCUUUUAAUAAAACGUAUGACUACCAAUCGGUCUGCGACCCGGAGAGAGAAACUAAAGCUGCUGCCGGACUCCGCUUCUAUUUUUUUUGUGUGCCAACGAUAGCAGAUAUGCUGACUGUAGGCUGGUGGGCCUCCACUGCGGUCUGGUCAGUUUUGCAGCAGCUACUUCUCAGUCUGACUCUCCCAAAUAUAGUGGGAACAGUGUACUCGGAGGAUGACCUCUCGGAUGCCUUCUCCAAAGAGAGCUGUAUCACUGAACAGACUCAGUAUUUCUUUGAGAACGAGAACAAAUCUUUCUCUGGAGCUAUGGACUGUGGAAACUGCUCCAGAAUGUACCGGGCCGAGAAGCUCCCAAACACAAAUUUGGUUUUUUUGAUCUCUGACGCCAAGAGUUCCUGUCUGUCCUGCGAUCCCAAACCACUGAGACAAGCUGAACAGCCCUCUACUGGUCCUGAUCCAUGUGUGCUGGCCCAGAACCCUCGGUACAGGAAAGGACCGGACGUCUGCUUUGACAACAACGCAGAUGAGGACGCAUCUGACUGUGGUGGUGGCUACAGUUUGAGUCCGUCUCUCUGGCCGAUGUUGGCUCUUCAGCUCCUUCUACUCUGGCUGCUUACUGGAACCAGAACCUGUUUGUCCUGACCAGAGCACAUCUACAGACUAGACUGACUGAACUGCUUAUUAUACAGACCAUAACAUUACCACACUUCAACUAUAUGACCUAAGAUUGUUAGUCAACCCAAAAUAAUAUGACUAAUGCAGAUUCAAACUCUACUGUUUUGGUAAAUUGACAUGACUCAUCAACUCACUGCCAAACACUGCCCUCUCAGACCAACCAGAAAAAGCAACACAGUCAGACACGAGAGACAUAUAUACACUUAUCUUUUUAACACAGAACCACGUUAUGACCACAGAAAUGGAUCAUGCAAAAUGUUUAGUGCCACAAACAGGCAAAUAUAAUGUGUCAACAGUGUGGUCAGAGACGGCUUGCAGCGCCAGUCUGGAUCUGAAGCAGGGUUUAAUGGGACAGGAAAGGCUGUUCAGCUCUGGAGCUCAUAAUGAAUUCUGCUGGAAGUGAGCUUUGCAGCAGUAGUAGGUCUGUGAUGUCACACCCAAGCCCUUUAGGCCCAUCAAGGGCUGUUUUACUUGUUUUAUGUUCUUUGAUUUCUCUGGUAUGUGCAGUAGGGGAAAUCUCAUGAAGAAAUCUGUAAGUCAUAUUUCACCUCAACAUUAAAAGAUAUGAAUAUAUAUACAGCACCACUGAAAAGUUUGGGGUUGGUAAGAAUUUUGUAAUGCAUUUAAAAGAGGUCUUUUAUGUUCACCAAGACUGCAUUUAUUAUGAAGAAUAUAGCAAAAUAUUAUUACAAUUAAAAAUGUAAUGUAAUGUUUUUAAAUGUAAUUUAAUUUCAAUGUCAAAAUGUUAAAAUCAUUUUUUGACAUUGAAAAAGUGUUUACUGUUAUGUUUGAUUAAUGCAUCCU